UCUUACUGAGAAAAAGAGGGAAAGAAAAGACCUGCACAUACUAAAUAGCAAAGAUGAUCAGUAUUGACUCUCAAUACUUCAGAGAAUGUUAGGAGUAGAUACCGUUCGCUUGCAACUUGCCUCUUUGAUGGAGCAGCGUGCAUUCCGUUGAGUCUUUGCAUGUCGAAUCUAAACCUGGAAACAUGUAGAUGUUCGUCGUUAUGAAUUGCGUUUGAAUAGCGCAGGUCCUCCCACCAUGACCCCCAGGUCCUCCACCAUGACCUCCAGGUCCUCCACCAUGACCUCCAGGUCCUCCACCAUGACCCCGACCAGGAAGCAGUGGGGUCAGCUGGUUCUGGUUGCGAUGCUGGCCUGGCUGCUCAUCUUUCUGGCUCUGCUCUACAACUUCGUAGACCUCCGGGCCAUGGAGCCCCGCUCGCGCCCCUCGCUUGCCCACACAGAGACCCGACGUCUGGCCUCCAUCCAGGGUAGCCAACGGGGCAUCAGGGCCUCCAAUCCGGACGUGACGUCCUCGUCUCUGCUCGCCAACCAGGAUCCCGGCCCCGUACGGGAGAGGAUCCGUGAGGAGGCCCGGGGAGCGGAACAGGACCCCCAGAGGAAGGCUGCUUCGUUGGCCUCCGGGGGGACCACCCGGAACACUGUGAACGGCCAGAAGGAGGGUGCGGAUCAGGAAAGAGCGGAAGAACGGAAGAAGAGGGAGCGCCAGCGAAUGAGAGGCAGCCUGCUAAGGGCUUACCAGCGGGGCCUGGGCGUUGGCCACAGGAGGGACAACUCCUACCUAUCGCAGUCCAAGACGGUCGUCCAGCGACUGUGGCAUGGCGACGCCUCCGUGGCCAUGCUCAUUCCGCGCCUCCAGAAGUCCAUGAGAAACUGGGUGUCCCUGAACAAGCACCACGUGGCCUACAGGGGGCGGCGCGGACAAGCACAGGACGCCAGGGGCGUGCUCUGUGAGCUGAAGGAGCGGGCCAGGCUGAAGACCCUGGACGGGACGGAGCAGCCCUUCUCCGGCCUCGGCUGGGACAAGCUGGUGCCCGUGUUGACCCUCGAGCACCUGUCGGGCCAAGGGUCAAAGUUCAAGUCGUGCGCGGUGGUUGCCUCUGCCGGAGCCAUGCUUCACUCCUCCCUCGGGAACGAAAUUGAUUCCCAUGAGGCUGUCCUUCGCUUCAACUCUGCUCCCACAGAGGGAUAUGAGAAUGACGUGGGCAACAAGACCACCAUCCGCAUCAUCAACUCUCAGAUCCCAGCGCUGCCCAGGUAUCACUUCAACACCAGCUCCUUGUAUCAGGGCAUCAGUCUGGUGGCCUGGGACCCAGCACCCUACUCUGUAGACCUGCCCAGGUGGUACAGGAACCCAGACUACGACCUGUUCACACCGUACAAAGAGCGGCGGCGGCUCCACCCGAACCAGCCCUUCUACAUCCUCCACCCCAAGUUCAUCUGGCAGCUGUGGGACGUGAUCCAGGGCAACUUCCUGGAGAGCAUCCAGCCCAACCCCCCCUCCUCGGGGUUCAUCGGCAUCCUCCUGAUGAUGUCGCUGUGCGAGGAGGUUCAUGUCUAUGAGUACAUCCCCUCGCUGCGCCAGACCGACCUGUGUCACUACCACGAGCGGUAUUACGACGCUGCCUGCACCCUGGGGGCCUACCACCCGCUACUGUACGAGAAGCUCCUAGUCCAGAAGAUGAAUACUGGCUCCCUGAACGACCUCAAGACCAAAGGCAAGAUCACCCUACCGGGUUUCAGCUCUUUUGACUGUGGGCCGUGAACCCUUGACCUGUGGCCACCAAGCAGACUGAGAGUGACCGUUCUAACGGAGCGAGUGAAGAGGCCACGUUAACUUGGCUCUGUCGGUUUUGGGCCAUGACCUCCGGGGGGGCAUUUAAAAGUAGUAACAAGACAGUGAAAGUGUUUUUCUGAAUAAUUAAAGAGGCAAACCCUUAAUUUACACGUUUCACUGAGCUGGAUUAGUGAAAAGAAAAAUGCUCUUGCUGCUGGGGAGGAUGGCAAUAGUUAGGAAGUUAAGUCAUGUUAUAAUCUAUAUUGAAGCACACUCAAUGGAAGUGUGUGUGUGUGUGUGUGUGUGUGUGUGUGUGUGUGUGUGUGUGUGUGUGUGUGUGUGUGUGUGUGAGUGAGUGAGUGAGUGAGUGAAAGGAUGGUUCAACAUUUAACCUAAGGUUUGAGUUACGAGACUGUUCUGACACAUGUUCUUGUGGUGUGUCUGGCUGAAAAUGUGGAAGUUAUAACAGGUUGAAAUACUGUACAUAGGUCAAAAGCCCAUUGAAAAGUAGUGCAUUUUCAUGUUCCAGUCAUGUUUAGUUCGCUGUGAUUAGAAUGUUAUAAAGAAAUGCAAUUGUAAAGAGUUUACUUGAGAUGGUGGGUUUGAAUAUGAGCAGUUCAAUUGUGAUCAAAGGAAUUAUGUUCUCCUGUGGUUGAAAACAGUGGCAACCUUAGUUGGUCAGUUCAGGGAGCGGUUGGGUUCAGUUAUUUUUAGCACUAAACAAACGCGUCCUCAGUAUAUACAUUUAUAUAUACUGAGGACACUUGAAACAGCAUAUGUAUCGAUGCUGUUUAAAGUGAAUGCUCUUUGGUGACCAGAUAGUAACCCAGACAGUUGCUCUCUUUGGCCUUCACAUGAUCCUACAGCCACACUAAGUAGAAAGUUCUGUGAAAUACAACACAGUGAAUGCAGGCAGUUCUUAAUUAUAUUUGAGGCACAGUUAUGAACUGUCUUGCCUUGUGUUUAUGGACUUGAUACUGUGCCAAAUGAUGCCUAUGUGCAGGUACAGGUAAUACUGUCUGUGCUACAUCUUCCAGGUGUUAGCAACAACGAGCGCAAGGGAAUAAGCUUCAGUUUGUUACUGUACAAUGUGAAUGGAACGCACAAAAAAAGACAGCAAUAGAAAUGUCAUUUUUCUUUUUGAAACACUAAAUCUGUAGAUAACUAAAUUGACUGGUGUAAAUGUUGGCUGAUCUAAUGUAGCUGGAAAGCUGUAAUAAAAUUCACUGACACCUU